CUUCAGUUAUGCCAUGAUCGUGGAUAUUUAGUGACACAAGAUGAGUUGGAUCAAACUUUGGAUGAGUUUAAGGCACAGUUUGGUGAUAAGCCCAGUGAGGGUCGCCCCCGUCGCACAGAUCUUACGGUUUUGGUCGCACACAAUGAUGAUCCAACUGAUCAGAUGUUUGUAUUCUUUCCUGAGGAGCCAAAGGUUGGCAUAAAGACCAUUAAAAUGUACUGUCAGAGGAUGCAGGAGGAAAAUAUCACCCGAGCCAUCAUAGUUGUGCAGCAAGGAAUGACCCCAUCUGCCAAGCAGUCACUGGUGGACAUGGCUCCCAAGUACAUCCUGGAACAGUUUUUCUGCAGCAGGAGCUUUUGAUUAACAUCACAGAACAUGAGCUGGUACCUGAACACGUGGUGAUGACUAAAGAUGAAGUGACAGAACUGCUGGCAAGAUACAAAUUACGAGAAUCCCAACUCCCUCGCAUUCAGGCUGGAGAUCCAGUGGCAAGAUAUUUUGGGUUAAAGAGAGGCCAGGUGGUAAAGAUUAUUCGUCCUAGUGAGACUGCUGGUCGCUACAUUACAUACCGAUUAGUCCAGUGA